CUCUCCGAAGGUACUGCAUUAAAGGGACUGUGCCGCGUAAGUUGGCGUCUACUCGCACCACCUAUAGGCAGCAUGGAAACUCCGAACCAAGUGACACCGAACGAAGCGCGCGCAUCAUCCGGUGUCGCAGACGGGAGAAACCAGCGCUUGUCAGUGUACCACGUGAUCGAAGGUCUGCACGUAAGCCGAAUGUUCACGGAGCGUAGCAUCAAGUCGGCCAUGUCCUACAGGCCUCGGGAUGACGACGUCUUCGUCGUGAGCUACCCGAAGUGCGGAAACACUUGGCUUCGGAAAAUCGUCAGCGUGGUGCUGAACUGCGGCCAAUCUCUGGGGAAAUCCGGAGCAACGGAGGAAUUGUCGACGUACCUGGAUUUCGUGGGCGCAGACGGUGUCCGCUCCACGCCCCGGCCUGCUUGCUUGAAGACUCACCUACCGUUCGACAAGCUCCCGUACUCGCCGAAAGCCAAGUACAUCUACAUAACCAGAAACCCUUACGACUGCUGCGUGUCCUUCUACUACCACACAAGGCGACUACCGACUUACCGUUUUCAAGAUGGCACGUUCGACCAGUUCUUCAACAUGUUCGUGGAAGGCAAGGUCGACUACGGUGACUACUUCGACAACUUACUUUCCUGGUACACCCACCGAGAUUGUCCGAACUUGCUGUUCAUCACCUACGAGCAGCUCAAAAAAGACACAGCUGGCUGGGUUCAGAAGAUAGCGAACUUCCUCGGUGAGGAGCAGUACGGCGAGAGGAUCCAAAAGCACCCCGAGUUGUUGGAACGAGUGUUGGCAUCAGUUAGCGUUGAAAACAUGAAAUCGUUGAAUUCGGCGCAAAGAUGCUGGACCGGACUCUUCGAGUCUGUUCCGGCUCAGGUCAGGCAGGAAUUGACGAAUGAAUUAAAGGUCACCUUCGGUGACAUUUGGGACGUGCCGGACAACGGAGGCUUCGUCCGCAAGGGUCUCGUCGGUGACUGGAAGAGUCACUUUAAUGCAGAACAGAUAAAGAUAAUGCAGGAUCGCAUCGCGUUGAAGACGUGCGGCACUGACGUAAUGGAACUAUGGAAGGAUGUGGGCCUUCCAUAGCAUUAUUAAAUAGCACCUUGCAUGCCUGUAUGUGCCUUGUAUGUGCGCUCCAAGAACGGCUGGAAGGUACGGAUGGAAGGUUGUGAUAAAAAAAAGCGUAACCAGGGGUUGUGUGCUUCCACAAGCGGACUUUUCUUCCUCGUGGCUAGAACAGAACUGAUUUCUUUAGCGCUAGUGUGUCUAGGAGGCGUUGGUCUGCGCUUCGUACCCUCUCAUGCAGCCUAACAAAGGAAGGGAGGGGGCAGCUGUGGAUACGGGCUGUGGGAAAUGGUGAGGGCGAAGUGACGACUUGCGUGAGUGAAGAAAGAACACGUAUUCCGUGAAUAAAAAGAACCAAGCGGUGUACACAUUUCGCAGUGCGCUUUAAGAUAUGUGGCAAAGAGAACAACCGACAUGGGCUUUAAUGCUAACACUGAGGUUUAUUAGCGUCCGCGAGAGCCCACGACGUCGAAGAUGGUUGCUCGUUUUUUUCCUUGAAGGAGCUCAUGAGUUCGCUGGUAUACAGUUUCCUUCUUUUUUUUUCGUGUGGAAUGAACGAAGAAAGUUGAACAUGCGCUAGAAAGAAACCUUCUGAAGGUGUGCUAUCAACAAGCCUGCACCGUCUCCCUUGAUAUUGGAGUGCCUCGAGCUCACCUUCUAAUGAGCCUUUGGUAAUAAAACCCUUCCUUGUUUCACAA